AUGGGCUACUUAGAGUCCAAACAAAAGCUUGGCCAGACAGGCUGGAGUGAGGAGCACAGAGAGGAUAAAGUGGCUACGUUUCCCUCGAAGGAAGUUGGUCCCAACUCACCGGAACCAAGUCAGGCAUUCUUGCCUCUUUACCUAGAAAAGAGCGGGAAUCAACCAAUUGGCCUAGAUUUCAGCAAGCUACAUCUGGACUACGAAGAUCCCAAUGUUCUCUUUACCACCCUACAUGCGGAAUACAACACCAUAAACUGGGCAAUUCAAGACCCUCACGAUUGGCACUACGACGUCUGUGAAGUUGCCAAAAUUGCCAAGGACAAGGACAAAUUAUUGGCUCUCCUCAGACAGCGACAACAAGAGAAGCUUGGCGAGAUCCAAAAAGCCUGGGAAACGACCAAAACCCUGUUAACCUGUCAGCCCUCACGCUGGGAGAAACCACCGAGCAAUGCUGUCUUAUGGGGCUCUUUCAUACGUCUUGCGCGAAAUUUCUCAUACGACUCCUUUGUCGCGUGCUUUGGGUCAUAUGUGACUGACGACCAACCCUCUACUCAACCUCUGCUAUCAACUCCCACCGAGACCUAUACCGCCAAGCCCCUGCAGCCCCGACGAAUUUCAAAUGGGAAAAUGGCAACAUCAUCCGGCGUAGCCAAGUCCUCGUCAAGUGCCUCGAAAUCGAAACCUAGACGGAAGAGCAGCAAGCAGGGUGGCGUGCGGAGAAGUACCCGGUUACAACAGCGCGAUGAACAAUCCAGCCGGUAG